AGAUCUGAAAUAAAAGGUGAGAGUUAACACAGUCCCACCGGUGCCUGGAGGGAGGAGGGUCCCUCUGCAGGAACUCUGGCCCACAGCUGCUGACUCAGGAACCUGGAGAGCUUGGCCAGUGGUGCCCACGAGGGAAAACAGGAGCCAAGGUCCUCUGCAGCAUUGCCUUGGGACACUGCCCAGUCUGGGGACAGCCCUACCAUGCUCUGUUUAGCUCAGGCUGAUGGGAGUGUAUAGACACAGGCAGCUGCCCCUGGCAAGCUUCCAUUGAGACAACAGCUUUACAUCCUCCCAGGAGUCACUGGUGUGAGACAUUCGUGCAUCGAGCCCACGUGUGCACAUCAAGUUUCUCCCUAAUUUAGCCACUCAAAGUAGAUAUAUUCAUUCAUAACAUUUCAGAACAGAAUUUAGUAAAAAAGAUCCCUGGAGAAUUGUUUUAAGCAAUUCCAGCCAAGCCAGGGAUCACGUUUUAGGAAAUCACCCAACAGGUGGGAGCAGAACCUCAGAGCAGGGCUGGGAUCAGGAAGGGAUGGAGGCAGAUGAUAAAGGGGAACCACAAGCUUGCCCAGAGCACUCAUCAGAAGCAGUAGGGCAGUUGAUGAUAGAGCAGGGGUUUGAGCAUGACCCAGCACCCAGGGCUCUCCUUUAUCAAAUACGUGAAUCACAAGCUCAGAGGGGUAAGCCCUGCAAUCCCCCAGAUUAUGUGGGAACACUGCUCCUGCUCAUAGUUGAGCAAUAAACAUGGCAAGGUAAAAUGGAGGUACUACUGGUAUUUGCACAUCAAGAUACCCAGCAGCCAAAGGCAGAAAUGAAAAAGUCACUUAAGUCAUCAUGAUGAUGCUCUGCCACAGAAAUCAGCUGGAGCUUCAGAACACCCUGUGAGGUUUGGGGAUGUUCACAUAAAGCCAGUGGUUGCCUGUCCCUCUGCCUGAGGUCACACAAAGGCCAGUGCAGCUGCCAGUGUGGCUUUCUCUCAGCCCAAAGCCUUUGGCAGGGCCUGACACUGGCUGUACUUCACCACUGCCAGAGCUCUAAGCAGGUUCUGUGAUAUUCCAACAGCAGCAGCUUGUCCUGAGCCAUGGGCAGCCAGGCACAGCUCCUCCUUUGGGGUACUCCACCUCCUUUCUUCUCCAAAACUAACGGGGCCAGAAGUGAGCCAGAAGUGCUUCUCCAUCCCCAUCUUCCUAGCGUUCUUUCCAUACUCACUUUUCCAUGCUGCAGAUUUUUUAUCCCUUCAUUUUCUUCUCCUUCUCUCUCCUGCUUCCCUCCCUUUCCCCCUCCCCCUGCUUUCUCUCGCUCUGCACUUUGUGAACUGCUGCGGCAGUGCUGAAGUCCAAAGUUCAGUAACUUGCUAAAGCACACAGAUAAAUAUGAACCUUGGAGAAUUUACAUUUGCUCCAAUGUAAACAGAUAGCCAAGGGUCCCUUUAUCAGCACUGGCUCAGGACAGUCGUGGGGGGUCUGAAGUGGCUCAAUUUUGUAUUUUGUUUUUUUUGGGGGGUGCGAAGGCGGGAGGCUGUGCUGUGCCCACUCUGCUGACAGUCGGGCGCGUUACCUCGGGACCAUGAUGUAGGGAAGCUGGAAGCAGGACAGCCCAAAAUUCCAAGCCAAGAGACACCAGGCUGAAGACCAUGGUCUCCAAGCUGACUCAUCUCCAAGUGGAGCUGCUGGAAGCACUGCUGGAGUCGGGGCUGACCAAGGAGACCUUGAUCAAGGCUCUGAGCGAAGCGGAGCCCUACGGGCUGCAGAGCGAGAGCCAGCGCGCCAUCAAUGCCCUCCAGAGCGAGAAAGGGGAGCCCUGCCCCGACAUCCCCAACGGAAUGGGGGACUCCAGGGCAUCCGAAGAUGAAACCUCCGAUGACGGAGAGGAAUUUACCCCUCCAAUAAUGAAGGAGCUGGAAAACUUGAGCCCUGAGGAGGCUGCUCACCAGAAGGCUGUGGUGGAAAGACUAUUACAAGAGGAUCCCUGGCGAGUAGCAAAGAUGGUGAAGUCUUACCUCCAGCAGCACAACAUCCCUCAGCGUGAGGUGGUGGACACCACAGGUCUGAACCAAUCCCACCUCUCACAACACCUCAACAAGGGCACUCCCAUGAAGACCCAAAAAAGGGCAGCCCUGUACACCUGGUAUGUCCGGAAGCAGCGAGAGGUGGCCCAGCGUAAGUAUGGAACAACUGCUCUCCAGCCUCAGGGUCAUAAAGGCUUCUGCUGUCCUUACUCCUCAUUGUUUUCAAGGAAAAAAUCUCCUUGCCCCUUUGUGCUUGCAGAAUUCACACAUGCUGGCCAGGGUAUCCUGACAGAUGAGCCCAUGGGAGAUGACCUGCCCACCAAGAAGGGAAGGAGAAACCGCUUUAAGUGGGGUCCUGCCUCCCAACAGAUCCUGUUCCAAGCCUAUGAGAGGCAGAAAAACCCCAGCAAAGAAGAGAGGGAGGCACUGGUGGAAGAGUGCAACAGGGCAGAGUGUAUUCAGAGAGGUGUUUCCCCAUCUCAGGCCCAGGGACUGGGCUCAAACCUGGUGACAGAGGUCAGAGUUUACAACUGGUUUGCCAACCGCAGGAAGGAGGAGGCUUUCCGGCACAAGCUGGCCAUGGACACCUUCAGCGGCCCGCAGCCCGCCUCGGGCCCGCCUCUCACUCCGCACAGCUCCUCCUCCCUGCAGCCGCCCCCCGCUCUCUCACCCAGCAAGGUUCACGGAGUGAGGUACAACCAGCAGCCAGCCAGUGAGGCAGAGUCCUCCAGCAGCAACCACCAUGGGAACAGCUCCAUGGUGACCACCCAAACCAUCCUGCAUCAGGUUUCUCCCCCUGGACUGGAGCCCAGCCAGAACCUGCUAAGCACAGACACUAAGCUGGUAUCAGCUCCUGGAGGAACUCUCCCUCCUGUCAGCACCCUGACUGCCCUGCACAGCCUGGAGCAAAGCCCACACACGCUGAGCCAGCAGACCCAGAACCUGAUCAUGGCAUCCCUGCCGGGGGUCAUGGCCAUCGGGGCGGGCGAGACGCCGUCCCUGGCGCCCGCCUUCACCAACACGGGAGCCUCCACGCUGGUGAUCGGCCUGGCCUCAACCCAGCCCCAGAGUGUUCCUGUAAUAAACAGCAUGGGGAGCAGCCUCACUACCCUGCAGCCUGUUCAGUUCUCCCAGCAACUGCACCCAUCCUACCAGCAGCCCCUCAUGCAGCAAGUCCAGAGCCACAUCAACCAGAGCCCCUUCAUGGCUACCAUGGCUCAGAUACAGAACCCUCACGCUCUUUAUGGCCCCAAAUCUGAAGUGACUCAAUACACACAUGCAGGCCUCUUACCACAAACCAUGGUGAUAACAGACACAGCCAAUCUCAGCGCCCUGACCAACCUGACACCCACUAAACAGGCAUUCACACCUGACUCAGAGACCCACACCGACUCUGGGAUGCACACACCAGUGUCACAGGCACCAACAAUCCAUCUACAGAACCAAGACACAACAAUCCAGCACCUUCAGCCAGGCCCACGCCUCACCUCGAGCCCUGCUGUGUCCUCCAGCAGCCUGGUGCUGUACCAAAGCUCUGACUCCACCAACAGCCACAGCCAGCUGCUGCCAUCCACUCACAACGUCAUUGAGACCUUCAUCUCCACACAGAUGACAUCUUCCAGCCAGUAACCACCACCAGCAGCUCCUGAGUGACUGCCACAACCAACCUGCCAGGUGCAACUCCAGCCGUGUUUGCCACCACAGCCUCACACAAACCCCUGCUCAGCUGCCUCCAGGAGAGAAAAAGUCUCAGGCUCAAGACAGAAAGCAUGGACAGAUGAUGCUGGCACUGCUGAAAUCCACUGCCACCCCCCAAAAAAACCUCCAGCAAACCUUAACCCUAGCAGCCAGCUCAGAAUGGCCAGACAUCCUUUUGUGGCUGCCCAAGAAGGAAUCCCAACAGUGUCAGGACGUGGAUGGGACUUGAAUUCACUCAGCUUUCAUCAAGCUGGGCCUGUAUGAACCUGUCAGCACCAGACUAAAUCAUGUGGGAAAGAGCAAGGCUGAGCUGCCAAAGAAGGGACACCACCUUUAAACACUCUCCUCCUUUGCUGUAAGGAAGCACCAGCAGGAACUAUAAGAAAUGACAGAACCUUGGAAGUUCCUGACUUUGCAAUGAGAAUAAGCAAGAAACAGAUUUGGGAAUGGCUUGGCACAAACCUGUCAGUAUGGGAUCACUGACAAGCUCCAAAUCCUUAAUUAACUACCAAAAUACCAAACAUUCUCAGUUAAAAAUGACCUGCUCUAAAAUCAUGCUAUCCUAGUGGAAAUGGCUUGGUUGUUUUUGAUAUAGCUCUGCUUUGUUUUAAAUGCAGAAAUUAAAGUUUAACAGCUGCAAGGAGA